CUAAUACGUGUGAGGACCUUCGGUACCAUGCAGAAAAGACCGCGGUGCUCCUUCCACCGUCCUCAUCCCUCUCUUGGCUUUUUUAAGUCUCCUGCGAUAUCCAAAAUCCAAACAAAGCCGUUAUCGCAGCUAAAAUUCGUCUACCCCAAGUCUCAGGCAACCUUGAAUUUCAGUGCCCUUUUUCUUUAUUUUUUUCUAAUAACAGGAGACCUGGAAAAUGGCUGACUUGCGUGAUGAAUAUGGAAAUCCUAUGCAGUUGACCGACCAGUAUGGCAACCCGGUUCAGCUCCAGGACGAGUAUGGCAACCCAAUGCAGCUUAGCGGUGUAGCUAUCACCGCCGGGACGGCUAGUGCUGUCCAUUCUACUGGAACCGGACCAACUGCUGCCACUGGAACCCAGCAACAUCAGGAGCAGCUUCAUCGGUCUAGCAGCUCAAGCUCUGGCUCGUCGGAGGAUGAUGGACAAGGAGGAAGAAGAAAGAAAAAAGGGUUGAAAGAAAAGAUAAAGGAGAAACUAACGGGCGGGAGGCACAAGGACAGAGACGAUCAGGAGCACAUAGAUGAUCAGCACGCACACAGCGCCUCUCCUCCAACAACCACCACUGGCAGCGGGACGUCUACUACAGUCGGGGGUCAGCACCGGGAACAGCAGCAUGAAAAGAAGAGCAUGAUGGAGAAGAUUAUGGAAAAGCUCCCUGGCCAUCACGACACCCACUAGAGAUACCUACCACAACAUACUGUGAUCAUCGUGUAAAAUCUCUCCUGAUGCCUAGGAAAUCUAGAUUAUGUUAGGCAUUUUGUUUGGUAUAUAUGUGUGAUUAAGACCUUGUCGUGCGCUUGAAUCUUGAACGUGCAUGGGAUUUGCUUGGUUUGAUUUGAUUUGGUGUAAUAAAUUGUACUAGUGUCUACUGUCUUGCCACAAUUAUAUUACAGUAUUUCUUAAGCAUUGUCUGCAAUA